AUGCUUGAGCUUCACGACGAUUGGGAUACCCAAGCUCUGUACCAGGAUGAAGUAAACAAUUGCAAUUCUUGCGAUGAGAAAAGUCCAAUCCGAGACAGCGGGAUCAUAUGUGGACCCAACCUGCGUUUAGUAGGCGUAAACUAUGCACAAAAUUUGUACCGAGCCAGUAUGCUUUUGGUUUGUCGCGGAGUACAAUGCCCAGAGGUUUCGUUCAUUCGUGGGCCCAGCAAUAGCAAGCAAGUCGGCGCGGACACGAACAACAUCAGUCGCGGCCAGUUGACUAGUACCCUCUUUUACGUUGACAACGGCAUUGAUUUUUACAGAUACACCAUUGAGUUUCCCAUGGAGUCAUAUGAGCAAUUGGUUAAAUACACAAUUGACGGCGAACACAAGCCUCAUUACCGUUUCUUCGUGCCUUCUAAAACCAGCAAUUUCAAUGUCAUGUCGUAUUCUUGCAAUGGGUUUUCGCUAAACGUCGAUACCACCAAGUUUCAGGGCUCCAUGUGGUUUGACGUGCUCAAUAAGCAUGCCAAGACCCAUUACCACGUAAUGCUUGGCGGUGGUGACCAAAUUUACUCUGACGGUAUUAACAUCUUCUGCAAAGGAUUCAAAAAAUGGCUUGCGGAAAAGAACGCCGUCAAAAAAUACAGGGCACAAUUAACUUCAGAGCUGCGUGCCGAGCUCGAGCAAUUUUAUUUGAAUGAGUAUCUGGAGUGGUACGGUUACGGAUAUUGGAAGGGAGCAACGCUUCAAUCCAAGACUACCCAAAAAUGUUUUCCUAUUGCUAUGGCCACUAUUCCCUCGAUCAACAUUUGGGACGAUCACGAUAUUAUUGACGGCUUUGGCUCAUACUCGCAUUCUUUUCAGUCAACCGAGGUGUUUAGCGGGGUGGGUAAGGCCGCCUACAAAUACUACGUUCUUUUCCAGCAUCAUGUAUCUAUUGAAGAAAAGGGCCCGUAUCUUGAAGAUGAGUCUUGGCUGCUAGGUCACAAAGACGGCGACUACAUUGAGGAGAAGUCGCACUCGGUGCUUACCAGAUUGGGCCCUACUAAUGCACUUUUGGGCUUGGAUUGUCGCACAGAAAGAAAGCUCAAGCAAAUCAUUUCCUGGGACACUUACGAUUUAGUCUUCAGGCGCUUGGAGCAAGAAGUGGCCAAGGGCAAAAUCGACCAUCUCAUGGUCAUGCUUGGAGUUCCGAUAGCGUACCCUAGAAUGGUAUGGCUGGAAUCGAUUUUCUCAUCCAGAGCUCUUGCGCCUGUGAAAUUUCUGGCGAAAAAGGGCAUCAUUGCUCGUGGACUUGUCAACUCUUUUAACGGUGACAUCGAGUUGUUAGACGAUUUGAAUGAUCAUUGGUGUGCGCGUCACCAUAAAAAGGAACGGAACUACUUGAUCGCGAAAUUGCAGGACUUUGGUGCCAAAAAUGGGGUGCGUGUUACGAUUUUGUCCGGCGAUGUCCACCUGUCUUGCGUGGGCCGCUUCCGUUCCAAGCUUCACUCUCAUCAUCUCACGAGCGGGAAGGAUGAGGAUGUAAAAAAAGUUUUGAACGAGCCAGAAAAGGAUGUUAGGUUGAUGUUCAACGUGAUAUCCAGUGCAAUUGUGAACACCCCACCACCAAAUGCGAUGGGUGCACUUUUGCAAAAGAGAUCAGGAAUUCAUCAUUUUGAUCAUAACACUGAUGAAGACAUGGUGCCUUUAUUCCAAACUGAUGUUGACGGCUCGAACAGGACAAAUUUCUCAUUUAUGAACCGCAGAAACUGGUCCGAUUUGAUCCCGAUUGAGAAUGUCAUGGAAAGCGAUUACCUUCGCGGGUUGUACCAGGUAUCUCUUGGCGAUUACUGCUACUCGGGCUUAGUUUCCGGCACUGGCCUGCAAACGAUGCAAGGCGAUACUGAGCACGACGGUAACAAAAAACAGGACGUUACAUAUCCUGUGACCUCCAAAGGGCUCAUUGCCUCGAUUCACGCCGAGAAGGACACUUUGAACAAAGACUCCGCGACCGAAGCUUACGCAGUAGUUAUCCCAGAACUGCAGAAAAAGGAGACGACUAUUUCACACGCGGGUAUCAAGCACGUCAGUCCUGAUGUCUAG